AUGCCUCCAAAGAAAACUCCCGUACUUACCAAAACUGGUGUGCCACAAAAGCCCCGUCGCACGAAAGCCCAAAUUGCAGCACACUUGACUCUAUGUGGGCAAGCUGUAAAAAGCAAGCAAACUCGAGCCGAGCUCAAACAAUCUCUUCUGGCUGCAGAAGAAAGAGAACGUGCUGCAACCAAGGACACCAGUGGUCAUCAUCCAACUCCGGCGGCUUCAAAAGAAAGCUCUUCGGGAUUGAAAUCGAAAUCGAAAUCGAAUUCAAAAUCUCUAGUAAUCCCAUCAAAAGCUGACGAGAUUGAAACUCCAAAUUCUAGCUCUAACUCUGGUCCUGCUUUUCAACUAGCCAACUGGCAACACGUGGUUUCCGCCUUAUCUCAACCAAAGUACCGUGAAGCAAUCUUUGGUGGUGGCCGUCGAACCAAUGUUACGGGGUUACCUAUGGGAUCGAUGUCUGUUCUCAAGCCAUUAGCCCUCGAAAUCAAUGAAGCCUACAACAAACGUAAUCACAUCUUCAGUCGAUCAAGAUCCACACCGAAUGGUUUACCAAUGAGUCUCACCGGAAAAACUUUAAAACAACACCUAACUCGAUACAAGGCCAGAUACCAGGAGGUCAAGGCAAUCAUUAAAGGAACCGGGGCUGGGGUAUCUGAACAAGAUCUUGCAAAGCAUGGUAGUCUGCAGGCUUCUCAUCGCACAGCUUUGACUCAACAAGUCAAUCAAGUACCUCUCUCUACCCCAGCUAGUUCUCAUCUCACCACUUCAACUCAACAAUUCAGUCAAUUCGAUCAAUUCAAUCAACUACCUCUCUCUACCCCUGCUAGUUCUCAUCUCACAGCUUCUACUCAACAAUUCGAUCAACUACCUCUCUCUACCCCUGCUAGUGCUCAUCUCACAGCUUAUAAUCAACCACUAACCCUUGAACAACAACUUCAAGAUGAUCUAUAUUAUUAUCCGACCAGAAAUGGACCAGACACAGCUCUCUAUCCAAAUGGACAAGCACCAGUAACUACGACAGCUCUCUAUCCAAAUGGACAAGCACCAGUAACUACGUACUUUCCCAAUUUACAAACUACAGCUUAUGAUCCAACUUCAACGAUUUCAAAUGCUACAAUUACAAGCAUGAUUGACACCUUUCCUGCAGAUUAUAACUUUCCACCCCUGCCACCGCCAAUCGAGCCUCGGGCUGACUAUCACAUUGAUGCUUACAUGAUUGGUAUCCCUGGAAAUUUCUCUCCCACCACCUUUAACAACAACAACAACAACAACGAUAUCACGGCUACUUCUCUCAUCCCAGCCAAUAUUGAUCCAAUCCCAGCGCUAGAAUUCAACAGUGAAUCUGAAGGCACAGUGACACCGAAGGCAAAGAAAUCAAAGACAGUCGCCAACAUUGAUCCAAUCGAAAUCGAAAUCGACAGCAAAGCUGAAGACGCUUCUAGAAAUGGAAAGAUACCAAAGGGAAAGAAAUCCAAAAAGAAUCAUUGCGAGAGUGAGACUGAAGAGGUUAUUGAAAAACAACCAGCUUCAACCACUCAGAAGUCAUCCAAGAAGAAACAUUGUAUGCGGAAAUCGGAUUCUCUCACAGCUCGAGAACGUGCUUUAGAUUCUUCGACAAGCGAUGAUGAUUCAGAAAUUCUUGGCCCUUCCAAGAAGAGGGUGAAGCAAACGUCCCGCAAGUCCACUGGCCCAAUCACAACCAUUGCCUCUCGUCCGAUGCAACCUCUUCCUCCUAUUGACUCUUUGGCAGUGCGAGCAAAGGAUAUCAAGAAUCCAAUUGCUCUCGCACUGAUCACUAGCAGUGCGGAUCGAAAUAAGGAGGUCCAGGCUAACAACUUAUAUCGCCGUAACUUAGAGGAAACAAAACAAAAAGAAGCUGCAGCUGCAGAAGAAAAGAAAAGCCAAGAGGCAGUAGCUGCAUUGGAAUGGGAAAAAGUUAAGUUGCACAAGCAGGGCAAGCAAGCCCUAACAGCUGAACGUAGCAGGUUUGCUCGCAACCUUAUCUUGGCUGGCAAAACUCCUCAAGAGCUUUCUGAAUACCUUGCUGCAGUUUUUCCUCCUUCCGCUGGUUCUCGUUCUCCAUCGCCUUCUGGUCCUCCAGUACCUUCCGUUGCAAUAUUACAAAACUUGCCUGAUAUAAAAUUGAAAUGA